AUGAAGCCGCCAACCAUCUACUUCUCCCGCCUCUCCGACUUCCUAACCGGAACCACAACUCCCACCCCCUGGUGGUCCCACAUCUCCAGUCUCCUCUCCGCCUGCAGCACAAUCUACAACGACCCCGUCUUCCGCACACGAUACAAGAAUCUCAACGCAGCCCUGACAUGCUGCCUCUACCUCUCCCUCGCCUACUGCAUCUUCGACAUCUCCCGUCUCUUGCAUCGCGCGUGGCGCGACGCCCCGGCGAGAUCCGCGGAUCGAAAGACGGUGAAAGUCUUUUGGAGGAAAGAGAGGAUUCUGCGCUCGCAAUACAGAGCCCUUGCGCUGUUACUCUUCGCUUUCAGCAUCUUGUGGUUGGUGAAUGUGAUGCGGUAUCAACAUCGCGCGUUGAAAUUAUCGGCAUACCGCGCGAUGGAAACGUUCCAGGAAGCGGAACGUCUGGCGGGGAAGGAGAGCGGUGUUCGAGAUUACCUACCGGACGAAGUCAGCGUGAAGAAGAAAUUGUACGCGUAUGUGUAUGGGAAGAUACCGGAUGCGAUUGUGGACUUCGUUCCCUGGUUGCCAAAGGAUUGGAGUUGGAAUGCCGGUCCGUGGGAUUACUUUCGUCUUCUUGUGGAUGACGAGAGGAGAAAUUGGUGGACGCGGCAAUGGUUCAUGGGUUAUCUCUCUUGGGCGCUGUUCCUGUCGAUUGAAUGUGAGUUGAUGUCUUCUGGCGGAGCGAUUUUGAUGGAACGAAGUGUCUCCUAACGGAUGCAACUCGCAGGCGACAACCGCGACAUCUCCGGCCAUGCGAUCUGCUUCCUGUUUCUAGGGUACUGCCUCAGUCUGUCAGCUCUUCAAGCCGUCUCCUAUGCGCUUUUCUUACUCUGGCCGAGGACCGACCCCAGGGAGAUUUGGGCACCGAGCGUCUCGAGUACAAUUUGGACCACUGGUGUCCACGUGGUGAUGCUCAUCGGGGUAUCCUGGCAAGUCCACAACAUUUCGGCACGAUCUUCGUGGUGGUCCAUCGGAAUGUUCAACUGCAUGCAGCUCUUGCUCAUCUUGGUGCCAUUUUGGCACGUGCGAAACUGGGUAAGUCGAAGAGUGCCUCAACUGCACAACGAGGGAAUGCGGCUGACGGAUCUACAAGCACGGAACGUGGUACUCUUCGUACUCGGUUGCGAAGAAGCAGUUGUCCAAGACCUGGUUUGCCAUGUCCGUCCUGAGCACCCUUCUUUACGCCUAUUCAUCAUAUUUUGCAUUCUUGGAGGCAAAUCCGAGAGGGUGGUUGGGAGAGCACAAUCGAUGGUGGGGCCAGCUUUCGUGGUUCAUCCCUUGGCGCAUUGAGCCAUCUCCCAGCCAACAGGUCGGUAGGGGAGCAAUGGUCGUCACAGGACUUCUGGGAGACCAUCCCUGGAUCAACGCACUUGGUUGGGACGUGCUUGCGUCAGUGAUUGGUCUCCUCAUCUGGUCGGCGUAUGGUUCCGUAAACGUGAGGGCCAUGCUGCAGUGCAGCUUUUGCCCCUGGUUGGAUGACUUCGAGGAAGCCGGAGAGGGUGUCUUGAGCAAGAUCAGCCAUGAAGUGGAGGGCGCUGUUGAGGCUACACAAAGGCACACCGAGAACCUAAAAAGGGCAACACAUCGCAGCAUGAGACGGGUCAGUGAAGUUGCUAGCGAGGUAGGCGAAGAGGUGAAAGAGCUUGCAGAACACGCUCGGCGUAGCUACUUGGACGAGGGAGAUGGUGGUCCGCGGAGGUAUGUGCGCUUCUACAGAAGAGGCUCCUGA